UGUGCAGCCCCAUAUUUUUGGCUUGGGGUAAUCAGGUUUGUCAUACGAAGUGCAUUUUUUAUUUGUGAUGCAAUGGACCAGAUGGCAGAUGAAAUGACUCUGAGAGCCGAUGUGAAAGACAAAGGGAGAGCAAACACUGCUGAGGAGAGCUCUACGUGGGUGAGAGGAGAAAGGAUACAAAGUGAAGCUCAAGUUAGCAGCUGGAGACUUGAUGCCUCUGCAGAAACUGUGCCUGUGGAGAACAGUAGAGACGGAGACACUCAGCAACCUACAGUGUGCAACAGCUCUUCUUCCCCACUUUUCUCUUUGAAAAUGUACCUGAGGAGAUCUUCUGCAGCAUCCUCCACCACAGACUCUUUGUCUUCUCAUCAGAGCAACAUGGGAGUUGAUUAUGCAGGAAUUGUCCUCAACUGUCUCUUCUGCCGGUUCUACGAUAUGAUCCACAUGCUACCAGACUGCUGUGAGAGAGUUGCCAAUCACUGCUGCCCCAACUACAAACAAGUCGUCACCAAAGCGGAGUCUCCGCCCAGCAGUAACGAUGACUCUUUCACAGACUUGGAUUGUGGUCUGUGCAGUUUCUGUCAGGAUACAAGUGACUGCCUGGAGUUGGCUAUGGAGGUUUCAGAAUUAUGCUAUCACUAGUAUGAUAAGAAACUGGUUGGAUAAUCAAGGAUCAGGAUGUGGAGUGGAGGAUUUCUAAGGGCUCACAAAUAAAUACAAAUAAAAUGAAAUGCUGUAAUAUGCAACAUUUGUGAUACUAAAAUGACAAUAAAUAUAUGCAUUAUCCAUCUGUUUAUGCAUUUGACCUGGUGUUUAUAUGUUUAUAUCGCUGCUUUAAGGAUGAAAAGAUGAUAACUGAACAAUGCAUACGCAUCCCAAACCACCCUUGUAAAUACAUUUUCUG